UUACAACGUAAUUACACUUUGAUUCGACAAUUAGAUGAAACAGCCGAAGAGAUCAUGCAACAAGUGGCAGUGGAAACAGCCUAUUUAUCCAACGCCACAGACAUGGAUAUCGAAACCAGACGUCAAAAGCUAGAGCGCAUCGGACAACUCUUAAACGAAUCCUUAAAAAAGGGAGAAGAGAAAUUCGCGCUUGCAAAAUCCACUUAUGACACGGUAGAUAGACAUUGUACACGUCUUGACAAUGACCUGCAAAAGAUUGAGGAUGAACAGCUCAUCGGUCCAGGUCGUGUCAAUCAACAACAACAACAGCAGCAACAACAACAUCAACAGCAAAAGCCUAGUAAAAUUAUCAAUCAUACCUUAAAAGAAUCAGAACCCACCAUGGAUACAAGUAGAAGAAAAAGGGUGAAGAAGGAUCAUCAGCAACAGGAGGAUACAGAAUAUUCUACACAAGAUGCUACUCAAUAUGCCAAAACUGCGGUGCCGAGUAGUGAUUUACCCAUUGAUCCCAAUGAGCCUGUGUAUUGUUACUGUCAACAAGUAUCCUUUGGUGAAAUGAUUGCCUGCGAAAACGAACAGUGUGAUGUGGAAUGGUUUCAUUUAGAAUGCGCUGGAUUAAAGACACCACCCAAAGGAGCAUGGUAUUGUAACACAUGUGCCAACGAAUUAAAAAAGAAGAAGAAGUAA